CGUCAUCUGGUGGAGCAGGAAGUGCAGGCAGAGUCCGGAGGCUGGUGCUUUCUGCGCGUCCCCAGGACUUUGCCAUGGGCUGGGGGCCGCGGAGGCUGGGAGCCGUCAGGCGAGGGCAGCGGCUGCGGUGCCCGCACCGGGGCUGAUUGAGCAGCGACGCGCCGAGCGCGCCGAGAUGGCAGCGUCCAGCAACUCCAGCCUGUCGGGCUCCUCGGUGUCCUCUGAUGCUGAGGAAUACCAGCCCCCAAUAUGGAAAUCUUACUUGUAUCAGUUACAGCAAGAAGCCCCUCGUCCCAAGAGGAUCAUUUGUCCCGGGGAGGUGGAAAACAGACCAAAAUAUUAUGGAAGAGAGUUUCACGGGAUCAUCUCCCGCGAACAGGCAGAUGAACUUCUGGGAGGCGUGGAGGGCGCCUACAUUCUGAGGGAAAGCCAGCGCCAGCCGGGGUGCUACACGCUCGCUCUGAGGUUUGGAAACCAGACUUUAAACUACAGGCUCUUCUACGAUGGCAAACACUUUGUGGGUGAGAAGAGAUUUGAGUCCAUUCAUGAUCUGGUCACAGAUGGCUUGAUAACACUGUACAUAGAAACAAAAGCUUCUGAAUACAUUUCCAAAAUGACAACAAACCCCAUUUAUGAACACAUCGGAUAUGCCACUUUACUCAGAGAAAAGGUGUCUAGGAGGCUGAGCAGGUCUAAGAACGAAUCGAGGAAAACCAGUGUCACCAACGAAGAACACCCCACUGUUGAAAAGAUCUCCUCCCUGGUCCGAAGGGCUGCCCUCACACACAACGACAACCACUUCAACUAUGAGAAGACACACAACUUUAAGGUCCACACAUUCCGAGGCCCGCAUUGGUGCGAAUACUGCGCCAACUUCAUGUGGGGACUCAUCGCUCAAGGGGUCCGGUGCUCAGACUGUGGAUUGAAUGUACACAAACAAUGUUCCAAGCAUGUUCCCAACGAUUGCCAGCCUGAUCUCAAGAGGAUCAAAAAAGUGUACUGUUGUGACCUCACAACACUGGUGAAGGCUCACAACACACAGAGACCCAUGGUGGUGGACAUAUGCAUAAGGGAAAUUGAAGCAAGAGGAUUAAAGUCAGAAGGCCUUUACCGAGUGUCAGGAUUCACUGAGCACAUUGAAGAUGUCAAAAUGGCAUUUGACAGAGAUGGUGAAAAGGCAGAUAUAUCUGCCAACAUCUAUCCAGACAUAAACAUCAUCACUGGAGCCCUUAAACUAUAUUUCCGAGACUUACCCAUUCCUGUCAUCACCUACGAUACCUAUUCCAAAUUUAUGGAAGCAGCAAAAAUCACCAAUGCAGACGAGAGGCUGGAAGCCGUCCAUGACGUGCUGAUGCUGCUGCCUCCGGCCCAUUAUGAGACCCUUCGGUACCUAAUGAUCCACCUCAAGAAGGUGACUAUGAAUGAAAAGGACAAUUUCAUGAAUGCUGAAAAUCUGGGCAUCGUGUUUGGGCCCACCCUGAUGAGGCCCCCUGAAGACAGCACCCUCACCACCCUCCAUGACAUGCGGUACCAAAAGCUGAUUGUACAGAUUUUAAUAGAAAAUGAAGAUGUUUUGUUUUAAUCUACCAGGGAAAUGAGCUGGAUGGCUCCAGUCCAGUCUAAGUUGAUAAGGCUAAAGGAAUAAAAACAUUUCUUAAGCUUGAUUUGUUUUUCAAACAAGUAACAGAACCUUGUGGACCUAGAGGAUGGCCAAGUCGGCUACUGUGUCUCAUAGACACUGGCCUUCUCCACAGAGAACAGCAGGCAUGAGGGUUGGAAAAACCCCUCGUCUGGUCCCUGCGUGCCUCCAAUGUGUGUCUGUUUUGCUGGAAGAGUGAUUAAUACGUCUUUCUUUAACUUAUUAAAACACAAUGUAGACCUUUAAACUUCAGUCUUAUCAGUAAUAAAAUGGAAUUUAAUUCUUAGAGGUACUUGAUAUAAUUAUACAAUUUUCACUUACAGAAAGAAGACAAUUCUAUAUGUUAAAAUGUUUAAUGAAACUUCUAUUGUAAAAUGUAUUUUUAUUUUAGCUUCAAGAAUGUUACUUUAUUUUAGCCAAUAGAACUCAAUGCAGAGCAUUGACUAUUACAUGUGUACCUUGUCCCCGUUCUUGCUGUGAUGCCCUGAAAAAGUUUACCACGAAUGCAGUAUUAUCUUGACAUACCUCCGUCCUUGUCAGUGCUUCUCAAUGAAAUUUCACCUGCCACUGUAUCUAUGCUUUUGAUAGUUUUUGCUGUUAAGCACUGGCAUUUUGCUAUCAUGUGACAUGUAUCUAUAGCAAUUAUAAGAUGGUCUGAAACAUCCAUAAAUUUCUUUCCAUGAAAAUUUUGUGAAAUCCGAAAGUAUGCUUCGGAACUGGCCAUAGUCUUUCCAUAUCUUAUAUGUAUAUCCCAGAACAUGAAGAAUGUGGUCAUUUUACAUAAAAUGAUUUAGGAACACUGGUUAUAUCUGGGCCGUGUAAAAAGUUAGCACUUUUCCUUGUUUCUUUUCAGACAAGCAUUUGGAAUUCCUCUAUUAGUGGCAAGUUGUGCUUUUGCUCCAUUUCUGUAUUUAUGGAAAGUAAAUCUGCAGAAUAAUUGUUGAUUUUUUUCAUUUUUGUUUUAUAAACAAGCCUAUUUUUAAAAGUGAGAAUGAAAAAGUUUGCUUGUUAUAAAUAUUUGUUCCUCCUUGAUAAAAGCAGCACUGUAUAGGUAAUGAUUUCAUAUGAUUUUAUUAUUAUAGUUCCAUCUUAUUGAUUAUAUUUAUCUCUUAGCAUGAGCUUUUCCACCAAGAUUUCUAUAUUUUGUAACAUAGGUUAAAUACUCAAAACAUCAAAAAUUGUAAAUCUGGAUUUUUUUUCUGAAAUCCAACUAUAAUGUCUUUUCCUCUGAUUGAGAUGAUUUAUGUAGUCCCUCACAAGUCUUGUUUUGGGGUGAUCAGAAGAGGACUGCUGUGUGGCAGUGAGCAGGAGGAGGAGUGCAGUGCAAUUGCUGUUUUGGAAAGAGCCACAGGCCAUGUGGAUGGAAGCCAUCAGGGCACAGAGUCAACAUGCUUCUAUUUGGUCCCUGCUAUUGUUCCUCCCAACUGUACAGAUUUGAUGUUGUAGCUUAUGUACUUCUUGAUACUGUCAAAAAAUAUCUGGAAAUGGUUUUAUUUUGUGAAGUGAACAAUACUUUGUAAUUUAUGAUAGUGUAAAUGGAAGGAAAAACAUUAAAUGUAUUAAAUUCUUCCAUCUAUCAUUUCAGAAUAUGGGAAGGAAAGCGGUGUUGGGGGGCAGCAGGGGAUCUUUCAAACCAUGUUCCCAGACGACUAUGGCAAUAAAGCUUCCAUCAUCACCAAAACACCGUAGUAAAACAGACACAUCUCCUGGAGUCCCCACUUCAUUUAC